AAGCAGUUAACGCGCCUUCCUUUGCCAAAGCGGAGUCCUGCAUUGGGGUCGCUUCCAACGGUCUUUCUAGCGUCGCCUGGAGAGGUUUUCCUUUCAGAAUUUCCGGAUUCCUUCUUUGUGCUCUCCAAGGAGGGGCUUGAGGGGGCACUGAUGCCAUGCCCUUCUCAACCCAGCCUGAAACAGGCGAAGAGCAGAAUGUUUUGGUAGCAACUCUGGAUAAUGUCAGAAACCUCUCCAAUAUUUUGAAAGCCAUUCAUUUCAAAGACCACGCUAUCUGCUUCGUUACGUCAAAUGGACUCAAAGUCACAGUGGAAAAUGCAAAGUCUUUGCAAGCCAAUGCUUUCAUUCAGGCGGGAAUUUUCCAAGAAUUUGCAGUGCAGGAAGAAUCUGUGACGUUCAGAAUCAAUCUGUCUGUCCUUUUAGACUGUUUGACCAUCUUUGGAACAAGUUCUUUGCCAGGAACUCAAGCAGCCCUUCGGAUGUGUUAUCAGGGAUAUGGCUACCCUCUAACACUCUUUCUGGAGGAAGGAGGUGUGGUGACUGUAUGUAACAUCAACACUCAGGAACCUGAAGAGAUUCUCGAUUUUGACUUCUGCAGUACUAAUGUUGUAAAUAAAAUUAUCCUGCAAUCAGAGGGACUGAGAGAGGCAUUUUCUGAACUAGAUAUGACCAGUGAGGUGCUGCAGAUUACAAUGUCUCCAGACAAGCCUUAUUUCAGAUUAUCCACUUUUGGGAAUGCUGGAAGCACUCACCUGGAUUACCCCAAAGAUUCUGACCUUAUUGAAGCUUUUCAUUGUAAUAAAACUCAGACAAACAGGUACAAGAUAUCAUUACUCAAGCCAUCAAUUAAAGCAUUAGCUCUGUCUUGCAAAGUAUCCGUUCGGACAGAUAACCGAGGCUUUCUUUCAUUGCAAUAUAUGAUAAGGAAUGAAGAUGGAGAGAUCUGCUUUGUGGAGUAUUACUGUUGCCCUGAUGAGGACAUUACUGAAGCAGAACUCUAGCUAUAAUGAAGAUGUUUUUGAAUGAACACCCAAGAAAACAGUUCAGUUCCAGACGAUUGGGAAAGAAACAGAACAAGAGGAACCCUGAGCCAUUUAGGCUAGGGUGAGGAAAAAUGCAGAUGGAGACCAAACGCUUUUGAGUAGCUGCUGUUUGUGAAUGCCCCUGGAGGAAUGUGUUCAAUGCAAGUGGCUCAUAGUCUAGAACGAGAAUGCACAAUUUUUUUCCAGGCAGAGGUUUUGCUUCACCUCCAAAAGGAGGGCAGGGCAAAGGCAAAAGUAUUUUUAUUUCAGUUAUCUGAAAAAAAAUUAACAAUCACAAUUACAAGGGGCAACUUAAAGGAGCUAUCUAUAGCACUGAGGCUUACAAACCCAAUAUAGAAGCUAGAAAUGGGUCUCUGAAAUAGUGCCGAGAGAGAGAUAAGUUGUAUGCCAAACAGUGAGCCACUAAGUGAAUUGAAGUGAAAGUGAAUCCUUCCUUCCUUCCUUCCUUCCUUCCUUCCUUCCUUCCUUCCUUCCUUCCUUCCUUCCUUCCGCUGCCUGGUGGCAGAUUUGGCCAACAGCAAAACUGUGUUCUGUUCAUACUUUUUGUUUGAAUCUAGAAAGUGUCACAAGUUCUAAAUGGCUAUAUUUCCCUUUUUAUAUAUUGGGAAAUACGUUUUCAGAAAUACCUUUAAAUAUAAUCAUUUAAUAUUUAUUUUUUCUUGUCAUGAUAGCAGACUUAGAGCAGCCUAAAUCCUGUUUCCAUUUCUCCUAGUUUGAACUAGGGGGGCUUCCUCUUUCAGCCUGUCUCUCUCCCCACGCAAACAUAAGAAGAAAAUCACCACCACAGAGUGCUUGAGUAAAACAGUUAUUUUAUCUCUGUUUUAGAGGCCAGGACAGAAGAAACUCUCAAGAGUUUGCAAGAAAAUAAGUCAUUGAUAUGCUUAGAAUAUCAAUGUGUCUGUGUGUGAGAUGAAAAAUGAAGGAGGGCAACCCAGUUUUAUGUGUGUCCCUCCUCUGUGCCUAAUUCUGCCUUUUCUCAUGGUGGCUUAAUUGGAAGAUACUGAUGACUAGAAAUGGUAUUGGGGAGAGAAAGCCCUUUUUUCCCAGCAGAAAAAAUAACAUGGAAGCCAAUAACUAAUUUAAAGAGAUUAUUCUCAAAUUCAGUUAGGUGCUGAGUGUCAUUACAAGAAUAAAGGUUGUAGGCAAAACAAGCACCACUUCCUAGUAGCCAUCCUUUUCCCUGCUCACCAGCCACCACUGGAAAUCAAAGAAAUGACCUAGAUGGGAAAUCUACCUCACAUUGAUGUGUGCAUGUAGUAAAAAUGAAGUAACUCCCUUCCUGGUCAUAUCCUAAGGCUAAGCUUACGCAGUAGACUAAAUCCAAACUAAAUAAACUGCAUUAUGGUGUAGCACAAUGGAUAAACCAAGUCAUAAUAGAAGGAAAAGUAUCUCUCAAUGCACAGUUAAAAUCAGGAGUCUGUCACCGCCUCCACCCCUUUUUUGUAUGAACAAGAUGUUACCACAUCUUGUAGCUAGCUGGGUCAUGCUGUAGUGUCAAACACUAUUGCUGGUUCAUGGGUGUCUUUCUGAAAAGAAGGAAUAGAUAUUAAUCAUAAAACUGUGUUGCAAAAAUCUAAUCAAGUUAGAUGCCGAUUUCUCUUCCUUAUAUUAGGCAUAUCUUUCCCAGUCUCCUAUACUAGUCCUGCGUUGCCUAAAGAUCUGGGAUGGAACAAGUUAGUAGUGCCUUUUUAUCCUGUUUUAGGUGUUUGGUCAAUUUCUGUUCAGCAGGAAGCCUGCAGAAAAAAAGCAAAGAAAAUUGUUAUAGUUAAUAGGCCUGUAUCAAUAAAUAAUAGUU